AUGCACCCCCCACCGGGCUUGGCAAUCCAGGACCUCACGCAGUUUUCAACGGAGUUUCACGCAGAGGCACCGGUGUUGCCGUCUUUUUCGCCUGCGAACCUGCUGACUUCUUUGCCACCCCCGGCUGCACACCCUGUGCCGCGGCCAGCGAAGGUCAGUGGGGAGCAGCAGGUCAGUUCCAAGGGCACCAUCGGCCAUCCAUUCACUUGCGCUGGUCCCUGCCGCUAUGUAAAGAGGAAAGGCGGCUGCCGAGAAGGCGCCCGCUGCGCCGAUGUCGGCAAGUAUGUGCGACGCAAGGGCGGUUGCCGCGAUGGUGCCGACUGCCCAAAGUGUCCCGGUGGGACUCCACCCGCCUGGCUUGGUGCCCCGCGCUUCCACGAUGGGCUCAGCAACUCCAGUGGAAGGGGCUUUGAGGCCGAGCUUCAGGACGAUGCUGCCUUCGUCGCCUUGUGCCGUCACCCGUCUUCAUUGGAUACAGCGGAGAUUGUCCACAUCCGGAUAGUGCUUGGCUGCUCCCUCUCCUUCACUCAGAAGACGGGGCCCUUCUCCGAAGCCAUCGGUUUCCACAGCACCGAAGCGCACUAUGAGCCAUGGACACCGGACACCACUGUUAUAAGGCAAGAGGCCUUUCCCAGCAAGUGUUGGCGAAACCGUGCACGUGUGAUCGUUCCUUUGUCCACUCGUGCUUUCGUCUUAGGUAAAAGCUGGCACUGCGUGAUUGAGAUCAAAUCAGCUGCCGGCUAUGAACCACUUGGAGGAGCGGGCGAUGUCUGA